GUUGUUUGCCACGUAUUCAGGCGUUGAGGCGCUGGGAGUGAGUGUUUAGUGUUGUGUUGUUUGACAUUUUGCUCAUAUCGUGUGCUGAACAUAGCGUUUGUCACAACUCAUCCGAUGGGCGCCCUAUGACUGGCCACAAGUGCUGACCCGACGGCCAAUGUGUGGCCAUCACUAGCCGAUUGCCAUUACAAGACAUUAGAAGACAAUCUGAUUGUGAAUCAACUGGCGAUCGACAUCUUUGAAUGAGUCGAUCUGAGACUCGCAUUCACACACUUCUCGCAGCAAAUUGUUUGGCAAAUGUUGAACUCGACAGCGUCUCCCCUGUCAGGCCUGUCAGCCCUCUCAGGACCGCCUUAUUUCGUUGAUUUACAUGUAAAUCCGGGCGAAUCCGUUUCCAUACAACUAUUCGAUGGCAAUGAGACUAUACUUCGAGGUCCGGCCACUAUCACUAUGAUAUCUCAACACACAUUCCCUCCCAUCCCUAUGCCUGUCCAGGUACCGCCGGGCCAUAUGAUCCAACAGAUAGUUGACGAGAACGGCCAACUCAGGCAAAUAAUCCUUUCCGCUCAUCCCAACGGCAACACCAACCCAUCAAACGCUGCUUUAAUGCCUCCACAACAACAGCAACCCUUUCCCUACUGUUGUUGCUGUAGUUACAGUUGUAUGGGAACUGCACAGACAGCACCAGUACCGCCACCGCUUCCGCCGCCCCCUCCGCCACAGUUACGGCAUAACAUACUAGCGUUUCCGACGCCCCAAACUCGUCGCCGAAUCAGUCCAAUGAACCGAACGUUUUCACCGGCGGGUAAGCGUUCGGCGCCGACAUAUUUGAACAACAACUCGAUCGGCAAAUCUCCGGUUCGCCACAAAUUGGUCUCAACAACAGCCGGCGCUUCAGUGGACGGCGUCUCGAAAGUAUCGUUCGCUAACAUCUCCAACACUAAACACACGACACCUUCCGAUAGCAAACCCUAUGAAUUAAAUGGCAAUCGAGUGCUCGUCGGAAGAGUGACUCAGAACGAGAACGACUGCCUUUCCCUCUCUGAUCCCAAACACGUUAUCAACAAAACCUAUAACACAAUUAGUAGCAAAGAUAUGAUGGAUCGCGGAAUGAAUAACAAGGAACUGAUUGCAAACAAUGGUUCGUUUGUAUCCGCGCCACGACCUGCCCAUCCAUUCUCCUAUACAAGUCUGGAAGAGCACAAACAGUUGAACCAUUCGAUCGACAAAACCAAUUGUUCUCAUUUUGAAUCUUCAGAAAAACCUUCAAUCCUUUUGGAAAUUAAUCUCUCUUCCAAUGAUUCCAGAGUUCAGAACAACAUUAGCGCAGAUAUUGUCGAAGAAGAAGAAGAGGAACUCGAAGAAUGCGAUGAGUUGUCCAACGAAUGUCAGAAUCAUUUAGAAAUUGCCGACAAUAGUGUUGACAAUAAAGCGAACAAUAAAGAUAAUGACAAAAUGGCGGACACGUCACCGACUGAUCAAUUGUUAUCUCUAACACACGAAGAAUCUCUAACUGCAAUAUCGGAUGACAAGUCUAACGAUGACUUGUCUGAAGAUUACGAACAAACGUUUGACAGAACCUCUGACAGGAAUAAUAGGAAUACUCUGAAUGACAUCCAAUCGAAAACUUCUUGCAUAUCAUAUGUGAUGCAAGACAAUCAAAAUGAAGACACCAUUGGGAUUGAGAUUAGUGACCCGUCUCUCAGUCAUUGUCAAUCGCUGACCAAUCACUUCCAGACGGACUCAACCGAUAGUAUUAAUCAAACCGAAUGCCAAUUAAACAAAACUGAAGACAUCGAUGUCGAAGAAACGGAUUAUUCCAUUGAAUUGUCUUCGGAAGAGAAUCAGACUAAAGAAAGUAUUAAUAUUUUUACGAAAUUAAGUGAUGACGAGAGCGAAGAAGUGAACGCCAAAAAUAGAUUAGUGUCGGAUGCGGUGCCGGUAUUGCAGAGGUCUCCCAAGCAUUUACUGCCUCAACUCGAGCUCCUAAACCUAACGUAUACUUCAUUGACUGCCAACACCGUUAAGUUAAAGUGGACGCACUCUGACGGCGACCACAUGUACGCCAAGCACUUCGUGGUGGAGAUGUUGCUCAACAACAAGGCGUCGACCGGUACUGACAGUAAUGAGAACGAGUCAAUGGUAGGAGUGAAUGGCGGUAACUGUCGGAUCGUAUAUCAGGGCCACUCCAACAACUGUCGCAUUUCGCACCUCUCCUCUCAACAACAAUAUUCAUUUCGAGUCCGCACAACGAGUGAAGAGCAUCUGGUGGUGAGUAAUGCGCUCACAAUCACAACACCCGAACAGCAGCCCAUUAGCAACAAGUUGACCAAAAAGAGCCGCCGAGAACUGCUUCACCAGCAGAUCCAACAACAACAGCAUCAGAUUCAUCAGCAGCAGCUCCUUCUCCAACAACAACAACUCCAACAACAGUCUCAGAGCCGUACGACCGACAAGACGGAGCCCACCAUCAGUUCUGACCAAAGGUGUGCAAUACUUCUCCUUUUGCUGUUUACUCUAUUCGCUCUAAUCGUCGCCGUUUUGAUCCAACAAUUAUUGUCUGAUAACUGAUAACCGAUUUACCGAUUAAUCAAAUUUUAAAAUUCUUAAUACAAAUCAUGUUUUAUUCGAUUUUACAGAAUAUUUAUUCAAAAUUUUAUGAAUUCUUAUAUAUUUUUGUGAAAGAAAAGUAAAUAUAAAUCUAUAUAUAAUAUAAAUAUAUAUUAUUGUUGUGCUGUAACUGC